CGUGGUCAUUGCAGUCGUAAUCACGACUGCAUGGUCGUUGUUUGCACGUUUUCGCCUUUCACACCAAUCAGAAAGAAAAAUUCCGACCAUUUUGGCAUCGGAAGCCCCUUUCGAACAUAAUUGGUACUUUGUACCUAGUACGAUACGCAUAGAGAUAGUUCGACAGAAAACCAUUCUUGUAGUAGUAUUCUCUACUUCCACACAAAAAUUCCAGCUCUGAACAUUCGUGUCCUUGCACAAUACAAACAAARAACACAACGAUUGAAAAUGAAGUCAUACAACCAGCCACUCGUUCCUUCCCUCUACUUCGAAAAUCAGCGCAGCAGUUCUGAAUCGAUCGAAAACGCCARCAACUCAAAAUUUUCUUCGCCAGAACUUCCGUCCGAACUUCUCUCGCUCUGUUUGACAGCAUAUGCCAACUGGGGUGACCUCGCUAAGCUGUCAUGCGUUCAAAAAUCUUGGUCUAAUAUUAUUAUGGACACUGCGAACCARUCKCUUUCGUCUCGAUGGGAAUUGGCCAUCGCUCUUUUCGAAGGCGAAUGCGGCCUCGUCAAAUCCUCAGAACGCGCCGUUGGAAUCUUGAAGGARCUAGCAAAUAUUACUAUUGACCGAACCACUGGCAAACCAUCCAUUCCUGAAGAGAACGAGGAGGGUUUGUACGAGACAAAUAGCRAAGAUUCUAAGUACCAAACUUUCGCCAUGAAGAAAAUUGCUAAAUGCUAUUUGGAAGGGGAAGGCGUUCCACAAGACACGAACGUUGCCGUAGCUUGGAUGAAGGCAGCAUUUCUGGUGGGAAAAGACUGCGACGCGGCUCACGAUUUGGCCGUAAUGUUUGAAUAUGGUCAUCACGGAAUUGAAAUUGAUGUGGUCGCUGCAGCGGAGUGGUUCGAACGAGGAGCCACAGGGGGCAACAUCGAGUCUAUGGUCGAGUUGGGCCUUUGUUACGAACUGGGCUGCGGUGUAGAACAAUCCGAUGAACUAGCGCUSGAGUGGUAUACUGCGGCGGCACAUUUGGGAAAUCCUACCGCAAAAUACUCCGUUGGAGAGAUAUUUGAGGAAGCCCGUGGUGUCCCUCAAUCAGACGAGGAAGCUUGUCUUUGGUAUUAUCGGGCUGCACUGGUUGGGUGCGACGAUAGUAAGCUUGCSCUCCGACGCCUCUACGAUAUUGCACGCAUCGUAGUACCUGGUGUCACUGCCAUUCUAUCUGAUUAAAGCGUAGGGAAUACGCAGAUAAAGAAAUAAACAUAAUGUUGUAAAAUAAUUAAAGUAGUACACUAGUUUAAAACAACUCCUAUUUUUUUGAAACAAUUCCCACGSCGUGUUUGUUACAGAUAACAACGUAUUCUGAAAAUGUUUGCACUUUGGUUAAAAAGUCAAUGUUUGUAACUCUGAUGAUGCUUUAAAAAAAAACUUUCACAAACUAUAACUGAGAAAGAACUAUUUAGUCAUCARAAAUUUGCUUCUUUUCGAAGACAAAUUGACGAUAGUUGUUACCAGUACCCAGGAGCAAAGAGCAACAGUUAGACUAUUGGUAAUAAUAUAAGGUCUAAAAU